AUUCAAUCUGACACAUUUUAGAAACAAAAAAAAAUAUUGUGAUUCGGAUCAUGCUGUUUAGACAUAUAGUGCCAUUGUCAUUCUUUGCUAUCAAUUUUAAUUUCAUCCUACAUUCCAUGUCCUUCCGUCUCAUCAAUACAGGCAACACAUUUUUUAAAUCCGUGUCACAGCUGCCAUCCGCAUGUGACAAAAAUGUACAUAAAGUAAUAAAACACACGUAUAAAACUCAUAUGCAAUCGAAAAUGGGCUCCAAUUCUUUCAAUUUCACAGUAGGAUUAGAACCAUACUGCUACAAGCAGUUUGAUCAAAAGCAAGAUAAUUAUAUACCCUGUACAAAGGAAACAUUUCUUAAGGAGCUAGUAUCACGCCUUAAAAGGGGAGAGGCUAAAUUAACAGAUGGAUAUGCCCCGUUUUGUAAACAUCUAUUUGUGGAAAACUUUACAGAUGUAACCGCUGGCUACCUUCCUAUCACCAAUGAAAAUAUCCAUCUUCUCAGAUCUGGAUACGUAGCACGAACAAAAACAGAACUGCCUGUUUUAUCUAGAUGGUUUCCUAAAUCAACCGUUGAGAAGGAACUAGUUCGAGCUAGUUAUCUCGAUGUAAUUCUUUACUCACGAGAGCAAGUUAUUAAGGAAAAUAAUGCGCGUAAUGAACAUGUGCCAGAGGAUGAUUAUGAUUACUAUGUAGUGUCGAUCAAACCGCAAAAUGUGGAACAUGAAAUACCCAUGUUGCCGAUAACUAUGUUCCGGAACACAAUGAUCACUGAAGGCGGAAGUGGAGUGCCCCUGGACCAUGAAGCUUACCUUAAAUCGGUCGCAUUCUGGCAAGAAAAUGCUGUCGUCAGAGAUGUUUAA